CUUCCGGUUGGUGGCGAGAGGGAGAGAAAGAGAAGAAGCCCCCGGAGCCGUCGCCUCAGUCCCCGCCGGCAGGACCUGACGACGACGACGACGACGACGACGGACGUGUGACCUUUCGCCGCCGUCUCUUGGCUUCUUCUCCCCCCUCGUCAGUCGCCAGGCCUCCGCGGGACUUGCCAUUGCCACAAACUAUUAAAAAAAUGGUGGAUUACUAUGAAGUACUAGGAGUGCAGAGACAUGCCUCAGCUGAGGACAUUAAAAAGGCAUACCGUAAAUUGGCUCUCAAGUGGCAUCCUGACAAAAAUCCUGAUAAUAAAGAAGAAGCAGAGAGGAGAUUCAAACAAGUAGCAGAGGCAUAUGAGGUGUUAUCAGAUGCUAAGAAGCGUGAUAUCUAUGACAGAUAUGGAAAAGAAGGAUUAAAUGGAGGAGGUGGAGGUGGAAACCUUUUUAACAACCAGUUUGAAUGUGGAUUCACAUUCCGUAACCCAAAUGAUGUCUUCAGGGAGUUUUUUGGUGGAAGGGACCCAUUUUCAUUUGACUUCUUUGAAGAUCCAUUUGAGAGCUUUUUUGGCAGUGCAAGAGGUCCACGUGGAAGCAGAAGCAGAGGUGCAGGACCAUUUUUCUCUGCCUUUAGUGGAUUUCCAGCUUUUGGGAGUGGAUUUUCUUCAUUUGAUACAGGUUUUACUUCAUUUGGUUCACUGGGUCAUGGAGGUCUGUCUUCAUUUUCCUCCACAUCAUUCGGUGGUAGUGGAAUGGGUAACUUCAAGUCCAUAUCAACCUCUACCAAAAUAGUUAAUGGCAGAAAAAUCACUACAAAGAGAAUUUUGGAGAAUGGUCAAGAAACAGUAGAAAUUGAAGAAGAUGGCCAGUUAAAGUCCUUAACAAUAAAUGGUGUGGCAGAUGAAGAAGCCUUUGCUGAGGAGUGCAGCCGGAGAGGACAAAAUGCCCUGCCCUUCCAGCCCUCCAAUGUUCGCUCUCUGAAGUCUCACAGACCUGCCACUCUCCCUAAGCAUGCCUAUCACUAUAAUUGUGAGGAGGAGGAGGAGGAGGAGGAGGAGGAGGAGCAGGAUAGACCACGGGUGACAAGCAGCUGGGAUCCCCCCAUUUUCUCAGCAGAACUACCGUGGGUUUUUCAAGACACCUGCCCUUUCAAAAGCUUAUUUCCGACACAAAGAAGGUGGCAAGAGGAAGAAGCAGAAGCAGAGGGAGGAGCAGAAGAAGAAGAAGUCAACCAAGGGGAAUCACUAAAAUGGACUUAGAUUCACUAAAACCUCUGAAAAGUUGCACCAUUCAUUCAUAUGAUAAUUGAGCACAAUUGCGGGGGUGUGCGUGUUGUGUGUCUGUGUGUAUUGUUUUGAUUGUACACAUUACUAGACAGGUAAAUGGUACUUCAUCUUUAAUACUUUACUAAAAUUGCACUAUUCCCCAUUUUUAGCAGUGCUGGAGGGAAAUUUGGACAAUGGAUGGUCAGGGUGGUUAUGUCAGAAUCAGCUGAAUUGAUGAGACCGUGGUUAGGAAUGUACUUUGUGUUGAGGAUCGCCCCCAGUAGUCAAGCUUUCCUUUAGAACAUAAUUAAGGAAUCUGUCUUUUAAGAGGAUGCAUUCAACUAUCCUGCAAUCAGCUGAAGAUAUUUAUAGCAUUGCAAGUUCAAACCAUAAUGCAACAAGUGAGUAACAAGUACAGACUGUUCACUUGCCUAGUAGCUCACUGUUUUUCUUAUUUAAGGCAGUACAACUAAGCCUAUUGAUAAUUUAAAGAAGUUCAUCAGAAAGGUACGGUCUCUGGCGUUUUAAGGUAACCAGCUCUGAUUCAAGGCUCCUCUCUUGGCUUGUGAUACAUGGGAAUCUCCCAAGGAGUCACUCUUAAGCAAAAUCAUUCCUGAUGUUCUGUAGAAUUUUUUCAGAAACUCCAUUACCAAAAGAUGAAAAUUCCCUUUAAAAUUCUGUUUUUAAUUGAGUCUCCCCCUCUGCUCCCGCCCCCCCCCCCUUUUUUUUGGAAUGUCAAGUUUCUUUUAAGCCAAGCAUAUGAUUCCACAGGCGAAAUUAUUUUGGGCAGAACAGCAGUCCUGGCUGUUUAGCAGCUACUAUUUGUGAUUAGCCAGUUAGGAAAAAGACGGUUGUGUGCCUGACUCAUCACAUACACCAAAGAAAAUUUGUUUGCACACUUUCUGCAUUAAUAAUUUCCCUUGAAUGUGGCAAAAUGACCUUGUAGCUUCCUGUAAUUAUUUCAUUUGCAUGAGAUACCGCUUCUUAACCUUUCAUUUCUGUUGAGCUUUUAGCUGAAUCCCCAAUUUGCCUUGUUUACUGCAUGUUUCCUUGUUGGUGAAUUACUCUUUCCUAAUAUAAUAGGACUUUGUUGUCUUAUAGUUUUCGUUCUUUUGUCCUUUAGAAAUAUGGUUAAAGCGGUUUGAUAUGAAAGAAAUGCCAAUACCUUAAAUCUAGUACUGCUUUGAGUCCAAACUACUUAGCAAAAUACUGUUCUUCAGCAACAGUAAUGUAGCAAUGCCCAGAUUUGGAAAAAAGAAAAUUAAUGUAAACUCUGCUCUUCUCAAAUGACUGCUACAAUGAGCACGUAGGUAAUAUUGAGUGUUUUGGGUACCUAGACUGCGGAUUAGUAUUGAAUGCUUUAUUGUGGAAAACUGUCAUCUUCUUUGAGUGUUGGCCAUGUCCUGCAGAACUGGAUUGUAAAAUUCAGUAGUUUCUUGUUGGGUGUUUUUUUUUUUUGGUUUGUCACAUGAUCGCCACUGAAUUGUGCAGUGUUAUUAAUAUUAAAAAAUAAAUAGUU